AUGCUGCAGCUACAGCUCUUCGUACAGGACAGUAGGGGGGAGGAGCUGAUAUCUCUACAGCGGGAGGUGACCCUGGGGCAGUGGCAUGAUGUGAGGGUGACAGGGGAUGGAGACAACGUGACUCUCACUCUGGAUGGCGACUUGGAGGACCAGGAGCGUGUGGUGCUACCACAACCACUGAGAACAACAUCACCUCUCUAUAUUGGAGGACUCCCCACAGACCGAAGGAUACCGACCUCUGGUGGUGUCGUGACGGAGCACUUCACUGGAUCUCUCAGGUCCCACUAUCUGAGUCUGGCCACCACUAGACGUGGGGUGGAGAUCAGCUCUUGUUGAUAACAGUCUCCAUAGAAAUCCUCUCUGCUCAUGCAUACUGCCCCACAUACAUGUAUCUUUGCAUAGUAGACCCACAGAAUUAUUGCCAAAUUUAUAUACAUAAACCGGCCUAGAAUUUAUGUGAUUCCAAUAUUCCUCUAGUAUCAUAAACUUUUAAUGCCUUGCAUUUUGUUUCAAGUACAGCUCCUGUAUACAUAUGUACGUAUUGGCAUCAAGACCCUUUUAUAUCAUCACAACAUUGUCAUUUUGUAUCUGACGGCUCUGUCAGUUUUGUUAUCAUUGUGUGUGCGUGUGUUUUAUAUCCAUUCAUCUUCAUCAACAUAG